GAGAGAAAAGCAGUGAGCGGCAGACUCAGCUGACUGCCAGUGCGCUCGGCGCUCCGCUUCAAGUAAGAAUCCUUCGGCGCUGCCAUCGCACACUGCUCCGUGACUCUACCCCCCCCCAUACCCAAUCAAGUCUUCCGCUGCACGGCCCCACGCACGCACAGACCUCGCUCCCGUGGGCUGCGGGUGAAGACGGCGGUCUGGGAAGGCUGGAGCGAGCAGGAGAGGCAUGGAAUGGAACCUCAAAAGGAUGGAGAGUGAACUGAGGCAGAUCAACCCAGACUUGCUCCAGCCCAGCAAGAGCUUCAAGAAGCCCUCCUCGGGCACCAUCACUCUCAACGUAGGGGGCUUCCUGUACGCUGCCCACCGGACCACCCUAACCCGCCACCACGGUUCGGUGCUGGACGAGCUGGCCAGCGGGAAGAAGGCCGUCCAGCACACCGACUCCAUGGGCAACCCCUUCAUCGACCGCGACGGGCCCGUGUUCCGGCACAUCCUCAACUUCCUCCGAACGGGCGACCUGCAGCUACCCGAUGACUUCCGGGAGGCGGGACUUCUGCGGCGGGAGGCGGAAUUCUACCGGCUGAGUGAGUUGGUGGAGGCGGUCGCGGAGUGGGAGGGGCAGCGGGCGGCCCAGCGAGAGCCCGCCUUCCUCGAGGUGACCGACAGCCACGAGAGGUCGCAGGGCCUCAAGGUGUACUGCAGCGAUCCCGCCUUCAUCGAGAAGGUCAAAGGUCGCCUGGUGCAGAUCUCCAAGUCGCGUCUGGACGGCUUCCCCGAGGAGUUCGAGGUGUCGUCCAACGUGAUCCAGUUCCGCCACUUCAUCAAGUCGGAGCCGGGCUCGCGGCUGGUGCUGAAGCAGGACAGCACCUUCCUGUGCACCCUGGAGUGUCUGAAGCUGGAGACGGUGAUGCUGGCCCUGCGAGGGGGCUUCCGUCUCAUCACCAGCCUGGACAGCAGCAAGGGCUCCGUGGUGGUCGCGGAGGCCCUGCACUUUGUCAAGUAGAGGGCAAGG